UUAUUAGCAUUCGUCAUUUGAUGGUGAUGAUAGCACAGGGAGUUGGUUUCCCUGUGGACAUUAGCGGUGCAGAGAAAUUGCGGACUCUUGUUGCUGUUAGUCAAGGGUGUUUGAUAACCAGUAGAGCAUUAUCUAACUUAUGUAAACAAUCCAAACAUCUCAGGUUAUUGGAUUUGAGCUUGUCUAGCGGAUGGCUUAAUUGUUUUGGACCAUGUGUACAAGGUAAUGUACUUCGUAAAUUUCCCGAGGAAAUUUAUGAAUUAAUAAAUCUGAAGUUCCUUAGCUUAGCUGGCAGCAAAGAAUUGAAGAUACUACCAGAAACAUUGUGCGACUUAUAUGAUUUGCAAUCUUUGGAUCUAACUGGAUGUAGUAGUCUUACGAAGUUACCAGACGGAAUCGGGAAAUUGAUGAGAUUGAGGUAUCUUUAUACCUGGUAUUGCUGUAGUAUAACUUUCUAUCCAAAAGGGAUUGGCUGCUUAACUUAUCUGAGGGAAUUAACCAAUGUCAUUGUUAGAGUUGAUCAGAAUGAUGCAAAGGAAUUCAGUCUCGGAGAUUUUGAAGAGUUGAACCACCUUUGUGGAGAUGUUCGUGUGAAACUGGUAGGAAAUGCGAUCGAUGCAGAUGAGGCUAUCAGAGCCAACCUUUCGAACAAGAAGAGUCUCAGCAAUGUUAGAAUAAAUUUGGAUGGAGAUAUAAAGGAAGACGAUGUAAUCAAAGCAUUAAAGCCGCCUUCGGAGUUGAAGAUAGAGUUCAUAGGCGGGUGGUUCUAGUUCAGAAAAGAAAGGAUGGUACAAGGUAACAGGUAAUAUCUCGACAUCAUUCUCUCUUUUUGGCUGACGCAUGCUCUAAAUGAAUCACUUC